AUGAUGCUGUCCAAUAGCAACGGUCUAAGGAUGGAGAUUAUUACCGAACCGUGGUUUCCGGAGGUCAUACAGCAUCUUCGUCAAACGUUCUUUGCCGACGAACCAUUAAACAAGGCCGUAAACCUGUGUCGUCCCGGUGACGGGCAUACGCUGCUGGAAAAGCACAGCCUCUCGAGCCUCCGUGACGGCAUAAGUGUCAUGGCAAUCACAAACAGUGGAGAGAUAGCUGGAGUGGUCGUUAAUGGGAUUCUACAUGGCAAUGAGGAUACGGGCCGCGCACUGGACCGGUUGGCCGAGAUGGAUGAUGAGAAAUUUCGCAAAAUUUUCACCCUGCUGUACGAGGAAAAUCUCAAGAUUGACUUGUUUGGGCAGUUUUCGGUGGAGAGCAUUUUUGAAAUACGCAUCCUGUCGGUUGACUCCAAAUUUCGUGGUCAAGGAUUGGCGAAAGAGUUGAUGCGAAAAAGUGAAGAAGUUGCACGCGCUAAUGGAUUUCGGAUAAUGAAAACCGAUGCAACCGGUUUGUUCUCCCAACGGGUGGCAACUUCGCUCGGGUUCGUUACCAGACACGAGGUCAAGUACGACGACUAUCUCGACCAGGAUGGCCAUCCGGUGUUUCAUGUCGGUGAGCCGCAUGAUCGAUUAAAAAUUAUGUACAAAGCACUGUGUUAAAUGUUUUGCUCACCGUAAAGGCGAACCGCAAAGAACCAAAAAGGCGGGCUACGGGAAAACACAAAUCGUUGUUAUUAUCAGUAAAAUGUUAUUUAUAUGGUGUCUGUGUGUCGUAUGAUGGUAUCCGGGUGGAAGCAAUUUCUGUGCCAAAGGCAUGAGAAAAAGAUACAAUACUACUCAAAUGCAAUGUUUAUGCAUUAUAACACGGUGGAUAGAUAACCGAACAUAGGCUAUGGCUAUGCGUCUAUAUAAGGUGUUAUUUGUGCCCAACCCAAGCGUCAUAACUCCAACAAACCAGCUCCACACAAAAACUUCUACCGCCAGAAUAGCAUAAAGUACGAAACCAUCCAAUAUGAUAGAUUGUCGGUUUGUUCCCUGAAACUGACUGCAUGAUUUUAUGCAAAUGUUUUGUCUGUUUUAAAUUUAGCGUACCAUUUUAAGUGUCGUAUACUUUGUUUCUUUUUUAGACUUAGUUAAGUGAUAAGUUAAAGGUUAGUCUCCCGCGUACUAUUUAAGAUUACGAAGAAUAAGUGAGUGCGACAAUAACUGAAUUGUGGAGGAUACAAAGAACUUUUUGUAACAUUCAAUGCGCAAGUAACAUUAUUUUACCUUCGCAAACGUUCCAACAGUCCAAACAGGUAGUUAAGAACAAUGUUUUGAUAAAUAACUGUAUAACAUAAACUUAGUACACCAAUGUGCAA